AAAUUAAAUUGGUGUGGCCUAAUCUGCUAAAUUUUACGUCUGAACCCGCGUUGUUUAAUGUUAGUCUAGUGUAGACUGGGUUUAAACAAACAUCCUUGGUUCAUUGAAUUGUGCCUACUUAUGAAUAGUGUUUAUGAGGCGAGGUGACUAGUUGGGGAACCCCCUAUACGUCAUCGUUUCUCGUGACAAUGAACUCAUUCCUACUCGAGACGGCUGGGCUAACACAGGGACAGGUGGUGCAUUGUUCACACCAAGGCAUAAACAUCUCUGAGUGGGAAGUCAAGAUUAUUAUCGAGUCAACCUGGGAAAGCGUUGUGGGCGAUAGUUUGGGAACAGCACGAAGUAAAGCGUAAAAAUAUUGGUCCAGUCUGAAAAUGGUAGUCUGCAGUAGACAGCAACUAAAAAGGAAUAAUUUGACCACGAUAAAGUUCAUUUUCUCGUGCUGUUAACGUUAAUAUUAAUUACCCUUACCGAGGCACACUCCCCUGGCCAAUUAUUUAGUAAUCAUUUUUACCAGUCUUACUACAACGUACAAGUAUCGUGUAGGAAGGCCUGGUGCAGGCUAUAGAAAUGAUGUUAACAUCCUCAAGUAAGUAGCAAACUAGAGCUAGUAGCAAACAAGACAUAUAUUUUAUAUGAAUCGGAAAGAGACGGCUAGCAAACAAUAUUUACGUUUUGGCAGAGAGCCAUCCGUGACGUCAGCAUGUACGUCACCGUCGCCAUGGGAACGGAGAGGGACAGCACUACCCAAAAAUAGAAAUGAUUUCACUUCAUUUUCUUUCGCUUCGUUACUUUCAGAUAGAACUAGUAAAGAGGUCCUACGCACCAUCAUCACUUCUGUUAGCUGAUUUGUGAACUCUACUAGUAACAUACAACUAUGGCGGACCAGAUCUCGGUUGAUCUAGCCGGAAGGGGACUAUCGGAAAUUCCGGACGACAUUUUCUCUCAGACCACGGUAGAAAUGAUCAACCUACGUCACAACAAGAUCAAAACGCUACCGACAAACUUUGGACUUUGCUUCGGGGCGACUUUGAAGCGACUCUGGCUCUGGGGCAACCGGUUUACAGAAUUUCCCGAAGUCGUGCUGCAACUAUCCAAUCUGGAAAUUCUCGACCUCAGAGAAAACUGUAUCUGUAGACUACCUGCGAAUAUUUCCGUGCUACAGAAAUUGCAGAAGUUAUGGCUGUGUGAGAACAACCUAGACUCUCUCCCGGACAGUAUCUGCGAGAUGGAAAACCUGACAGAAUUCAUGGCUCAUCGUAACAACAUCAGUACCCUGCCUUUUGGCUUCGGACGCUUGAAACUGAAGCAUCUCAACCUAGACAACAACCCUCUGGUACAACCGCCGUUAGAAACAUGCCAGGAAGGUAUCAGUGCAAUAGCCGCCUAUCAGAGAGAGCUAGAGGAAGCUAGAAUGACUGUCUCCGUGCCGCCUUGUCUGAAAAUAGUCGUGCUAGGGAGGCUUAUGGCGGGAAAAACGAGCCUAGUCGCGGCCUUGACGAGGGCAGUGUCUCGUUUGGCGAAAGAGGAAGCUAGAACACACUGUAUGGAGGUGAAGAGAUGGGUUGUGGAACAGUCAGAGCUCGGCAAAAAAAUCGACGCACAAGAGUUUGUGUUUGAGGUCUAUGACGUAGGAGGGCACGACGCGUAUCAGAAUGUACUUCCCUUCUUCGUCUCGGCGCAUGCGCUGCAGGUGUUGGCGGUGGACCUGAGUGAGUACAGGACGGAGGAGUUUGAGGGUAUGGUGGGGUACUGGGUACGGACUGUCACUGCGCGUGCGCCGGGAGCAACAGUCUGUGUGGUGGGAACCAAGACGGACAGACUGGAAUCACAGGAACAGGUUGACAUGGUGUACAAUAAGCUGAAGCACGACAUGGACCAUAUGCUGGCCGCAGAACGCUCCCAGCUCAGACGGGAGAUAGAACGUCUUGAGAAGGUCCUUGAGGAACCGUUUGACUCAGAAAACUCAGGGGCCGACCUCGACGUCCUCUCGGACGCCAAGCGCAGCUCAGUCCGGGAAAGGUUGGCCCACUUGCGGCGAAUGGAGGAACUGCAACCAAAGAUCGUCCUACAGAACACCGUGAGUUCCUCCGACGAGCUUGAGGGCAUCGCGCAGCUGAAGGAAACAAUCCUGUCUUUCUCAACCGACCAGAAACUAUUCCCUAACGUCAGAAGUUCGAUCCCUAAAUCUUGGACUCUUCUGUUGGACCUUUUUGAGUCAGCGAGGGCGAACAACCGUAACAACGCCGAGGCGAGGCUAUGCCUUCCCUUCGACCAGGUGAGAGAGAUGGGCAAGACUGUCAGUCUAAGCGGAGAAAAUCUCACCUCGGCUUUGGUGUACCUCCACGAAACCGGCCGAGUCCUCUACUUCAAGGACAGCCCGUCUCUUCAGAAGUACGUCUUUCACAGCCCGACAGCUCUCAUCCGGGUCCUACGGGCCGUACAGCAUCAUGACGUGGCGCAGCUGUUCGACCCCGCGCACUCCGGGUUCGACUACCUGUCCAACUCUCGUCUGCAGACUGCGCGGGAAAACUUGGACAAGCACGGGCUGGUCAGGACUAAGGAGCUCAAGGUGAUGUUGAGAGAGCAUGUGCGUACCGAGGCAGAGGUGCACGCCGUGCUGUCACUUGUGGAGAAGUUCGGGCUGUGCCACAGGCUGGGUACCGAAGAAAUGUCCGACACUAUAGACCGCCCGACAGAGUGGUACCGGUUCCCCCGCCCCUCUACCACUGUGGACUACAACACCUGGUGUGAGGAAGUGCCGGAGGGGGUGGAGGAACUACAGAUCGGCUGCCGCGUACUCGGGUCCUUCCCUACAGGACUGUUCCAGAGACUGUGUAGUAACGCACACAAGUUCCUCCAGUACAGGUGGGACCGAGCUGACCAGGUUCUGGGCAGCAACGGGACAAGACUAGUCCACUUGCAGCACAGGGGGGACAAGCAGACGAGCCACGACCACAUCACCAUGGCAACCCGGGGGCAAGCCGAGGACGCCCCCGACCUCUGGGCGGCGGUACUGCAGGUCCAUCACGAGUUAGAACUGUUGAUGACGGAGUAUCCCGCUGUCGUUUCCGAGUUUUACGUGACCUGCCACCACUGCUUGAGGGCAGGAGUAGAGGAACCACACCGUUUCCCUGGGACAGUGAUGAAGCGCCCCCACGCGAUUGACAUUGGAACUGUGAGGUGCCCCAUCGCCGACCACGGGCAGGUGAACACAGCACUGGUUCUGCCUCCACAAGAGUGUGACGUCCACGUCUCAGGUCUUGACGGCCCUCGGCAAGUCAUCAAGAAUGUGACCACCAUCAACAACACACAGGUUUACGAGGGCUGUCAGUUUGGCAACAACAAUGAGCUGAUCAUGAACCCACGGGCUCCUGAGAAAUGA